UUCUGAGUGCUCCGAAUGCUGUGGCUACAGCCUGCUGCUUCUCUUGGAGCCGAGGGCGGGGGCCACAGGAAGAGCCUUGUUCAAGAGCCAGAAGCCCAUCCUGUCCACUGCUGCUCCCUCCCACAAGCAGGGCUGCAGGCCCCCAGAGGCCAUUGGGGAGCAGCUGCAGAGGGAAGGAAGACAGCUGGGAGCUGCAUUUUACAAGGAGCUCGCAGCUGCUAUCUCAUGACUGGCUCCGUCUCCUGGAAGGUGGCUCUGCUCUUGAAGCCAUAAAGAAGAGGGGCAGAGAAGCGGCAGCAGUGCAGGGAGCUCCAGCGGCUGGGAGCCAAGGCAGAGAGGGGGCAGCUGUACCCCCUGCCCCACGCUGAGCCAGGGAAAAUGAGCUGCCCAUCCGCGCAGAGCGGGGAGCAGAUCGAGCCGCUCAGGUACCUCAGCCGCUUGGAGGCAGAAGCCAUCGAGAAGGAGCUGUUGGAAGAUUACAGAUUUGGUCGGCAGCAGCUGAUUGAGAUCUGGGGACACGCCAGCGCCAUGGCUGUGACCAAGGUGUUCCCUCUGCCAUCCCUCCCAAGGAAGCAGCCCACAGUGCUUGUGGUGUGUGGGCCCGAUCAGAACGGUGCCAUCGGCUUGGUGUGCGCACGGCAUUUGCGGAUGUUUGUCCAGCUAAUCAACGACGCCUACAACGUGGUAAUCGAUGCCAUCCUGGGAGUCGACGCCGAGCCGGGGGAGGUGAAGGAGCCGUACACCAGCAUCUUAGCCACCCUGAAACAGAUCCAGAUCCCCAUCGUCAGCCUGGAUGUGCCCUCAGGGUGGGACGUGGAGACGGGAAACAGCGAGGGAAUCAGCCCUGACGUCCUCAUCUCCUUGGCCGCACCCAAGCAGUGAGCCACCCGCUUCCUGGGCAGGCAUCACUUCCUCGCCGGCCGCUUCCUGCCCUACGAUGUGCAGAAGAAAUUUGAGCUCAACCUCCCCGAAUACCCAGGCACAGAGUGUGUGGUUUCAGUUUAAGGCUCUGGGGGGGUGGGGAUGGAGAGGGGAGUUGGAGGGGGAGGAGAGGAAAAGCCACCCAGCUCCACCAUAAUAAAAAGGCUUCAAAGCGUUUUGUAUUUUUUUGAGCAGCCAGGUGCCUCCUUGCUGGGAUGCUGCAUCCUGGCAGCAGGGCCUGGUUUCCCAGCCAGAGGCCAUGCAGCUCCCAGGGAGGUCCUUGGGCAUCUCAGGCCACCGUGACCAAGCCUUCAUGUUGAUCAUUUAAACUCGAGGCGGGCCUAGGGGAUCAAAGGCAGCGCUAAACCGAACCCCUCCCCUCCCGUGGGGCCCACACCCCCAGCGGCUCAGCCCAGGGCUCGGUUGAAUUGAGUCAUAGAGGCCACUGUGUCAUUUUGCGGCAGGGUGAGGAAGGCAGGGUGGCUUGUUCCUGGGCUGCAAGGAGCUCAGAUACAUGGGCACCCAUGUAAGCACCUUGCUGGAUAGGCCCCUCCAAGGUGAAUUGCUCCCCAAAGGCAGGUGGAGGACGUAUGGCAGGAGGAAACAUACUCUUGGCCCCUGGCAGGAUGGGCCCAUCUGACCUCACCGGCCGUUUCCAUCACUCCCUGCCAUGAUCCACGCGUUGGGAUUUAUCAAUGCCCUUUUCACAGGAAUCCUUUGUAAACAGGAGCCUGCUCCCCAGCCAGCCAGUUGGCAGGUCACUGCUGCCGCCGGCCAUGGAAAGAGCAGAAAGAGGCAAAGCCGCUGGCACAAGAGGAAGGAUCAGGGAGCGAUUUCCUCCAGCAGCAGUUAGUCCGGCUCUUGCCCUGCGGGCCUCAGUUGCUGGCCCUUGCGGCGGUUGAGGAGCACGGCAGUCAGCUGCUGCUCAUCUGCGAUCUGUCUGCAUGUGGAAAGGGAAGGAAAUAACCUCCCUCUGCACUUGCUGUUCCCUGGCUGUAACUGCCCAGCGGCCCCUCAGCCAGAGAACAGGGCUCUCCUUGGGUCGCUUGCUGCUGUGUUGUGGACAGGGGGCCUAGAAGAUUUCUGUGCUGCUCUCCCCACACUGCCAAGAGCUCGGGGUCACUGAGCCGCCCACCCGGGAGGCCUUGGAGCCGGUGGAAUGGCUGGGGCAGCCAUCGCCCAAGGGGUCACCACCGAGGAAAGCGGAGCCGAGGCCGUGCGUUCACGGGGUGCUCAGCUCUGCCCUGCUUGGCAGGUGUCCUCCAGCACUGGCUGAGUGCAGUGGUGGGCGGUCCAGCACAUGUCACCAGCAGAAGAUUCCUCUAGAGGGAACAGGGAACUUGGUUAGGACCAUGGCCACCCGGCUAACUACAGCAGACAACACUGAUUUGGGUGACUCCUCAGUGAACCCUGUUCCUAGCCUGGAUGCUUUGCCAUGCGGGAAGAAACCUGCAUUUUCCUGCAGAUCAGUGAAAUCUCCAGGGGCCAGAUGCCAAUCCCCUCCACCCUCCCCACAUCAUCGUCCACUUGUUCUGAGACAAAGCUCUUUGUAGCCUCUGUGUUUGCAGCAGUUCCCAGUUUCCAGGGACAGCUAAAUGAAAAAGCAGCACUUAGGUGGCAAGGUUCCCUUCCGCGUGCAGACUGCCCCUGGCACUGGCCUGGCGAGUGUGUUCUCUGAACUAGGAAGCAGAGUAGAGGUGGGUGAACCCAAUUUUAUUACCAGUGCUUAGUACCUGUGAUCAGCCCUGCUGCCCUCCUGGUGCAGUUAGUGAGACCCAGCGAGAGAGGAGGACCUGCUGUUGUUUGCACAGCGAACGCUGCAUCCCAGCUCAGCUUGUUCUGCUGAUGUUCAUACGUUUCUUCAGCGGGGGGCUGGAUUGUGGACGACGCUGUCACCUGGCUAAUGGGCGUUGUUGCUGAGUGAGUACCCAGCUCGGCGGUGGGGCACCCCCACAGCUUACUGCACGGUCCAGGGGGCUGUACAGCCUCCCCAAAUCCAGCCCGACACGCUUCCUUGUCCCAGCAGAUAGCAGCAGCAGGACCUGCCCCCUAUAGCAUUUAAGGUGGGGCCUGGGGUGAGUGACACAUGGCCUGAUUCUGCACUAGGGCAGCUAAGACAAGUUUUGUCCUUGACCUCAAUGGCAGCAAGAUCAAGCGCAGAGCCUCCCUACAGCUUUGUUCUCCCCAGGCACAUGAGGCAAGCGACUUGCUUCAGUGGCACCACCUGGCCACAGCUCUGGCCUGGUUAUGCCCCUUCUUCCCCCAGCCCAGGAUGCUUUGGCCUCUCCCCCCGUGGAUUUGCGUUUUUCUGAUCGAGGCUCUGUCAUGCUGUCCAGACGCUGCUUCUCCAGCUCUAGCCAUGUACUAUCUGAAUGAGGAUUAUCCAUGGACGGCAGCAUCCGCCCUGCAGGGGGACCUGAAUGGACUGGAGACUCAGGGCCAGGUGUCGUGUGGCAGAGCACAGCAGGACAGGUUGGUGCCUUGGGAUUGGCGCCUGCGUGUGUCUGUGAGCUCCUGGA